AACGCAAUCGAUACCCGACCUUUAUAUUUUCUCCCAAACAAUCUGUAAAAUUUCGAUCAGUAACCUUAUUAUUUCACGAAGAAAAUAAACCUGACAUGGCAUCAAUCGAUCAACCACUAAACAACGGAAUCCUGCUCGUCACUGGGGGCGCAUCAGGUAUUGGUUUGGGGGUGGUGAAACAAGCUUACGAACUUGGUACGCGAAUCCUCGUCGCGGACCUCAAAACAACAUCCGACUUCGAUAGCUUCGCAGCCGGCAAAGGCAACAUCGUCUAUGUCCAAGCAGACGUGACGCGCUGGUCCGACUUCGACAAGAUCUUCGAUGUGUGCGAGAAGAAAUGGAACGAUGUCCCAGAUGCAUAUGCCAUCUGCGCCGGACUUUUCGAACCGGACUUUUCCAAUUUCUGGAAGGACCCGGAAAAAGAUGAGGGGUAUAUGCAGGUUGAUGUUAAUGUAAAUCACCCGAUCAAGCUGACAAGGUUGGCCAUAAGAAAGAGCCUGGGAAAAGGAAAACGAGCAAGUGUUUGUAUCAUUGCAUCUGUGGCGGGCAUUGCUGGCAGUCUAGGAGCACCCUUAUAUUGCGCAACCAAACACGCAAUCAUCGGAUUCGUAAAGUCUCUCGCAGCUAGUGAGCCUCUGACUGGAGUCAAGAUUACCACUCUCUGUCCUGGCGCUGUACUGACGCCACUGUUCAACACCACAAAGAUGAAGCAAUUCUCUAUCGUUCCAGAGGCAGCGAUGACGCCAGAUGCGUGUGCGAAGCAUCUCUUGGAGCUCUUGCAAAAGAAGGAAUACCCGUGUGGAACCAUGCUAGAGCUUAGCCUUGCUGGCACGAGACUAAUCCCGGAGUGGGGCGUAGAACCGCCAGCAGGUAUGGGCACUGGUCAAGAAGUUGAUGAGGUCGCUCUAAACAGCUUGAUGCAACCAAUCACGGAUGCAUUGAAUGUGGAAAAAGCGAAGUCGUAA